AUGUACGGAAAAACAGAUUUUGAGGUGAAGGUGACGAAGACCGAGGUUGUGGCGGCGGCCCUACCUAUGCAAGACCACUGGCUGCCGCUCUCCAACCUCGACUUGCUUCUGCCGCCGGUCGAUGUCGGGAUUUUCUUCUGCUACGGCGGCUGCGCGGCCGCGGCCGCCGCCGGUGUCCUGAAGAAGGCACUAGCGCAGGCGCUCGUCUCGUACUACGCGUUCGGCGGGGAGCUGGUGAAGAACGGGGCUGGCGAGCCGGAGCUGCUGUGCAACAACCGCGGCGUGGAUUUCUCGGAGGCGCGCGCUGACGUGGCGCUGGAGGAGCUUGAUUUCCAUCGACCGGAUGAGAGCGUCGACGGCAAGCUUGUGCCUGUGAGGAGGCGCGGGGUUCUUGCCGUUCAGGUAACCCAUCUGAACCGCGGCGGACUUGUGGUGGCGUGCACCUUCGCCCACCAGGUCGCCGACGCCCACUCGGCCAACAUGUUUCUCAUCUCAUGGGCUGAGAUGGCGCGCUCGGAGCCACUCUCCCAGCCGCCGUCCUUCCGCCGCUCCCUCCUCCUCCCCCGCCGCCCCGGCCGCUACCACCUCUCCGUCGACCACAUAUUGGCCGCCCCCGAUAUCGCCUCCUAUUUCGGGAACGUCCUCUCGAUCCCAUUUGGGGAAAAGCGAAUUAGGGAUCUGAGGCGAAAAUCCCUAAAUUGGGUGGCCGACGAGGUCCACGCGUUCCUGCAGGCUGCCCUGAGCAAGGAACAUUUUCUGGGGUUAAUCGAUUGGGUGGAGGAGCACAGGCCCGAGCCGGGCCUGUCGAGAAUCUACGCGGCCCCGGCCACAGCGGAGGAGCCGGCGGUGGUGGUGUCCUCCGGGCAGCAUUUUCCAGUGAGUAAGGUGGAUUUCGGGUGGGGCCCACCGGCGUUCGGUUCGUACCAUUUCCCAUGGGGAGGAAAAUCGGGCUAUGUGAUGCCAAUGCCGGGCCCGAAAGGUAAUGGAGAUUGGAUUGUUUAUAUGCAUCUGCUUAAGGAGCAGUUGGAUCUUAUUGAGACUAAUGCAGGUCAUGUGUUUGUACCUCUUUCUUCUGAUUAUAUAUUUUCAUGUUGA